AUGGUUUUCAGCAUAUUGAUUUUGUCAGCAUUUGUACCUAGAGUGCUGUGUUCGCUGGUGAAUAGGAUGGAUCAUGAUCUUCUUAUUGCGAAUAAUAGCAACUUUGAUUCACUUGUCAUAUCCCCUAGGGCUAAAACGCCAACAUCAGCUUUUUUUUAUAGCGCAAAGGAUAAAAACAUCAAAAAAUUGAUUAACUAUACUAUGGAUAUUGUAGCAAAGGAUUUAAAGGGUGUUUAUCCAAUAUAUACAGUGGAUUGUGAUCAACCUGCAAACACUGCAAUUUGUAAAAGACAACUUAAUAACGCCAACACGCCACAACUGAUAGUGUAUCCCGUACUACCUCAGCCACAGUAUUUCUUCAAGGGAAAACUAGACGAUAAGGAUCAGAUAAUUGGUACACUAUUAUCUCACAUUCCUUCCAACGUUGAAGUAAUACCCUACGGUGGUUAUCCCUUGUUCAUGACGAACAUGGAAGUUGUUCCCAAAGUACUACUUGUUACCGAUAAAGAAAAGCCCUCUUGGAUCUACAAGGCACUAUCCAAUUCAUUUAAAAAUAGUUUAAUAUUUGGGUUUUUCAAGUCAAAGGAACACUCAGACAUUGUUUCAAAGUAUAACAUAAAGAAGUUUCCAUGGCUGGCAGUUAUAAAAAAUAACAAACCACACAUUUACAAUGGCGAGAUGAAAUUCCAGCCACUGUUUGACUGGCUAAAUAUCUACUCCGAAACUUAUAUAAAAGGAAACGAUAUUGCGACUAACCAAGUAGACAUUACUCCCAAACCAUGGAAAUUUGAGCAAAUACCGCAACUAACUCACGAAUCGCAGCACGACAUCUGUUUCAGGGAUACUUCAAAGGGGUUGUGUGUAAUAUAUUUAACUACAAAGCUGACUCAAGCUGACAAGAAUAUGCUUAUUGAUGUAUCCAAUGAAUUUUCGUCAAAAAUAAAGGGAAGAGGUGCUUCUUUUAGGUGGAUGUGGCUGAACUGUGAGGAAGAGGCUAAAUUCAAAAAUGUGUUUAAUGUUACCAAGCUACCAUCACUCGUAGUGCUAAAUCCACAUAAGAGAUUAAGGUACAUUGCAUUAGAUGGUUUUGCUAACAAGGAAAAUAUUACAAAACUAAUCGAAAAAAUCCAGAUGGGAGAGGCCAAGUUCACGACUAUCCCCGGGGGCAAGUUGCCUGACUUCACUGUCGUGCGCUCUGAACUAUAG